GCAGCAAUGGCAAGAACCAAGCAGACCGCUCGUAAAUCUACUGGAGGCAAAGCCCCAAGGAAGCAGCUCGCUACUAAAGCCGCCCGUAAGAGCGCCCCGGCCACCGGUGGAGUGAAGAAGCCUCAUCGUUACAGGCCCGGCACCGUGGCUUUGAGAGAGAUCCGCCGUUACCAGAAAUCAACCGAGCUGUUGAUUCGCAAACUUCCCUUCCAGCGUCUGGUGAGAGAAAUCGCUCAGGACUUCAAGACGGAUCUGCGCUUCCAGAGCUCUGCUGUCAUGGCCCUGCAGGAGUCCAGUGAGGCUUACUUGGUCGGUCUGUUCGAGGACACCAACCUGUGCGCCAUCCACGCCAAGAGAGUCACCAUCAUGCCCAAAGACAUCCAGCUGGCCCGCCGUAUCCGCGGAGAGCGCGCAUAAACCUGUGAUCACAACAACACCCAAAGGCUCUUUUAAGAGCCACCCAAAUACCCUAAACGAGACAAUUUCUAUUUGUGUUUAGCAUGAAUAAAGUACAACUGGUUUCUUUAAAUGCGUUGGGCCUUUAUUUGCCAUACCAGGCAUUUAAAAACGUCGUUUUAAAGCACAUGUUGCAAGAACAUGACA